AUGGCGAGGCAGCCGCCGCAGGACCAGCAGCGCCUCCUCGCCGACCUGCGCCGCGCGGCCGAUCCAGCACGCGAUCCGGGGUCGUCGAAGGGGUGGAAGGCUCUGGACGACGCCAGCGGGACGUCCAGUUCGGAUCGCGGCGCGGGCAGGCCCCCUCCAGCGGCGAAGGCGCCGACCAGCCGCGUGCCCCUCGCCCACGCCUGCACGCGCACCCGCACGUGCUCGAGCAGCGGGUCCACAAUGUGGAUGCUGCCGGCCUGGCUCCGCAGCCUCUCGAGCCUGGCGUCGGUCCACGCUGAGGCUGCAGCAUCAUAUCGCGUGGCGGGUCGCAGCCCGGUGAGGGCCAAGUGCUCGGCGGCCUUCCUGGACUGCACGCGCACCGCGAAAUCGAUACCGAGGUUCCGCGCCUCGUCCACGAGCGGGAACAGGAUCUCGCGCUUGGCCAGCUCCCUCAGCAAGGCGCACUCGCUGCUGCGCGCCGCCGACACGGAGCGGCGAGGGCAGCUGGCGGACCUGCAGGCGCUGCAGAGCGCCCACGGCAGCUCCGCGUCGGACCUGCAGUCCCGCCUCGCCAGGGUUUCCGCCCGGCUCGAGGAGGUGCUCACUAGCAGUGUCCAGAACGCGGAGGGCUGGGAGGAGCGCUUCGAGGGCUUCGCGGAACGCCUGGUCCGCUCCGAGGGCGCCUCCUUCGGCGCCGAGGAGGGCCGCCAGCUGCGCGAGGAGCUCGGCGGACUGGAGUCGCGCGUGGAGGUGCGCAGCCGGGAGCUGCUGGAGGAACUGCUGGUGGAGGCCCUGGAGGCUGCGGAGGAGAAGCAGCACAGGCCGCUGGCGCAGGAGGUGGCCAGGCUCCGCGAGGAC